CCAGGACUCAGAGAGGCUCUUGUUCCAGUGGCUUCCCCCAUUAAGCGCUCCAGAUUGGGGCAGGACUCAGUCCAAUAGAGGGCCUCCAACCUCCAGGGACCACAAACCAAAGAUCAGCUCUCCAUUUUAAAAAGAGAAAGGUGGAUUUCUACAUCUACAUUUUUAUACUAUACUUUUAAAAGAUGAUGAGACAAAGGACUUUAAAAAAAAGCUUCUCCAUCUAUUUUGAAAUGGAAUAUCUGUCUUUUCUCCACCUUCGAUCUGGACUUUUACAUUUUUAAUUUGGAAUUUUUUAUUUCUUAUUGCUAUUUCCUCCUGGAAGUGCUGUUCUGGUCCCUCUCUGGUUCUUCUCAGACUCUGUGAUGUUCUAAUGGGACGAGUACUUACCAUUACUCUCAAUUAGCCACACUUACCAGACCGUGAUGACUGGUUAUUGUGCAAUAGUUUUGGGCUAGUGCUCCUUAGUGGGUAGAACCCAAAUUGAGAGCUGGGUGUUUUGGGUGUGUGUGUGUGUGUGUGUGUGUGUGUGUGUGUGUUUAACCAGCCUUUAUACUGUAGCUAACCAAAUAUUCACACAAUACAGGGCAACACCUUUCAGUGCCACCUGCAUUUCAUUGUCCCAGACAAUUAACAGUAAAUCAAAAAUAAAAUGGAUGACCACAGAAACUCUAGCUUUCUUUGCCAUUCCCACCACCCACGAUGGCCACAGUCUAGUGCCGGAAAGAGACGACGAAAAAAAACCUCAAAGCAAAAAGUGAAAAAUCCUGAUGGCUCAUUGUGUCCUGUGUCCUCGACCCCGGUACUACGCAGCCACAGCUGGUGGGGCAACUGUUUUCUCCUUUCUCUAGUCAUGCUAUCAUACUUGCCCUGUGAGGCCUGGGGCACCACAUUCAAAAUUGCCAUUGUAGGACCGUGGACAUGUGACCCCAUGCUCUCCAAAGCCCUGCCAGAUCUGGCUGCACGGUUAGCCAUGAGCCGAAUAAACAAAGACCCCGACCUCAACAAGGGCUACUGGUAUGAUUACACACUAAUUAAUGAGGAUUGCUCCAGCUCGAAAGCCCUGGCACACUUUGCUGAACUGGAGGGCUAUGGUUCGGCCUUUCUUGGACCGGCAAACCCUGGCUACUGCACUGCUGCUGCGCUGCUAGCGAAGAAUUGGAACAAGGGCAUCCUGUCCUGGGCUUGUCUGAAGGCUAACAUGGAUGAGGGAAUGUAUUCCACCUUCCUGCGGCCGCUCCCAUUGUCUUCUCGUGUGCUCCUCUCCGUGCUACGCUUUUUCCGCUGGGCACAUGUUGGGAUUAUAACAGCAGAGAACGACAUGUGGGAAGCGACUGGGCAUGAACUGGCAGCUUCCUUGCGUGCCCUUGGUCUGCCAGUUGGUGUGGUUGUUACCAUGGAAACGGACAAGGAAGGGCCACGGCGAGCACUAAAGACAAUACGGGAGACCGAUCGAGUGAGGGCAGACUCGGAGUACAAGUCUCAAAAACCAUGA